AUGAAAAGGCAAACGUUCGAACAUAAUACGAUCGAUUAUUAUAUAUUUCCCAAUAAGAUUUUAUGCAAUAUCGUUGGAAUAUGGCCGAUCGAGGGGAAAAAAAAUAUCAUGAUGAAAAAGUCCUUCGCUUAUUUUCGCGUGUUCUUUGCUUUGACAGCUGUCAGCAGUGUUCUCGUGCCAGAGAUUUUAGCGAUAAUAAUGAAUUGGGGAGAUAUCGAAGUAUUGACAGGCGUAGGUUGCGUAUCUACGACCGUCGGUCAGCUUCUCUUCAAAAUGAUUUACUUAUUACUCAGAAGAAAAAUAUCGUUAAAGUUAUACGAAGAUAUAAGGAAAUGUUGGUACAUGUCCAAUGAUACGAACGAUAGAAAAUGCUACGAGUAUCUAGCUGGCAAAGCUAGGACAUUAACAUUGUGCUUCUUUUUUUGUGGUUUAUGCAACGUUAUCACAUUCACGAUCACCGCUGUGAUAAUCACGAUUAAAAAGGGUCGCUCGAAAGGCAACCAAACCGAAAUGAAUUAUCAUAUGCCGUUCGAAGUCUGGUAUGGACCAAACGCUUUACAGUCUCCUAGCUUUGAGAUCGCCUUUCUAUGUCAGAUUCUGGCAUCAGUUAUCUGUUGUGCCGGAAUUACCGGUUUGGACGCCACUAUGAUGACCUUGAUACUACAUAUAUGUGGUCAAUUCAAAUUAAUUCAAGCAUGGUUCCGCAGUAUUGGAAGGAAUGUCGGUCAAGCUUUGAUAAAGGACAAUGCGAUUUCCGUGAAGCUAAAAUGUCAGAUAGAGAAAAGCAUUGAGCAUCACCGACGAAUGAUAAUUGUAGUUAAAGAAGCAAACGAUUUAAUAAGUCCCAUAAUAUUUAUACAACUUUUGACGAGCGGAUUAGAAAUUUGUUUGAGCGGUUAUGCCGUGAUCUACGGUUCAUCUGGAAUAGAUUUAAUAAAAUUCAUUUCUUAUUUAUCCUCGAUGAUGGUACAAUUGUUAAUUUGGUGCUGGCCCGCAGAAUUACUCAUUCAAGAGAGCAUCAAAAUAGCAGAUUCGAUUUAUUUCGAUAUACCUUGGUACAACUUACCAACGAGCUACCGGAAGGACCUCUGCCUGGUGAUUAUAAGAGCACAAGAGUAUUGUUCCAUAAAAGCGGCAAUAUUCAAAGUUCUAUCCCUUCAAACUCUUACUAAGGUCUUCAAUACGGCAGCUUCUUACUUCACACUUUUGAAAGAAAUGUAA